AUGGUUCUCGGCCUGCUGCCAUAUGUCCUUGCCACUUUUCAGUUGAAUGCAUUCGUGAGCAACAUGUCAUAUCGUUUGUUUCAGCGAAGCCUACCAGGGUCGCUUGGAACUGCACCCGAAGGAGCAGUGGGCUACUAUCAGCCGCCACCUGGACCUAUUGCCAAUAAUGCUCAGCCAACGGAGACCAGGCCCGUGGUGGAUAGCACAGUGACAAGCAAAACAGCAGCUCAAGGUCUAUCGCGCGAGCCAGCUGAACUCAGCGGCGCACCACCUGUGACAACUAACGCGCAAGGCAACUUUGCCAUCUUGACUGGAACCGUAACCAAGACACAGGCGACGAUGGAGAGCACACAGGCGGCAACAGCUGGUCGAGAUCUGACUGAAGUUUAUAUAGCAUCUCAAUUAUACCACGUACCUUGUUCUACUACAAUGUCUCUUCAAACCCCCCUCUGCUCACUGCUGAAGAUCCAGCACCCCGUCCUGCUGGCAGGAAUGGCGCGUGCCUCUGGAGCCCCUCUGGCAGCCGCUGUUUCUAACGCAGGUGGUUUGGGAACAGUCGGCGGUCUAGGAUACACGCCCGAGCAACUUUCGGAGAUGUUGACGGAACUCAAGGCUUCCCUACGGGACCCUUCUCUCCCCUUUGGCGUUGAUCUGGCCUUGCCUCAAAUUGGCGGAGGAGCCCGAGCUACAAACCACGACUACACCAACGGCCAGCUGGACCAGCUCAUUGACGUCGUAAUUUCCCAUGGCGCCAAGCUCUUCGUCUCCGCCGUGGGUGUGCCCCCCGAGCGUGUCAUCAAGAGACUACAUGACGCCGGCAUCUUGAUCAUGAACAUGGUCGGAGCACCCAAGCACGCCGAGAAGGCCCUCAAGCUGGGCGUGGACAUCGUAUGCGCCCAGGGUGGCGAAGGAGGUGGUCAUACAGGAGAAAUCCCUUUCUCCGUGCUUGUCCCGGCAGUCGUCGACGUGGCGAAGAAGUACAAGAGCCCGCUGACGGGUCAACCUGCCCUGGUCGUGGCUGCGGGUGGCAUCAACGAUGGGCGCAGUUUGGCCGCAUCACUGAUGCUGGGCGCUGUCGGUGUCUGGGUCGGCACCAGGUUCGUUGCCUCGAAGGAAAGUAGCGCUAGUCAGUUGCACAAGGAGGCGGUCGUUGGGGCUCAAUUUGGAGAGACCAAGCGGACCCUGGUCCUUUCCGGUCGGCCGCUGCGUAUGCUGCCCAACGAUUACAUCAAGGACUGGGAAAAACGACCGGAGGAAAUUGCCCAGCUGACCGCUAAGGGAAUCGUCCCUAUUGAACAUGAUUUCAACAAGGAUAAGGAGGACAUUGAGAUUCCUUACCUGAUGGGUGAUGUCUCGGGUAUUAUCAAGGAGAUUAAGCCCGCUGGUGACAUCGUACGGGAAAUGGUCCAGCAGGCCGUGGAGGUGCUGAGAACAGGAGGGACAUAUAUCAAGGCAGGAUCUGCUAGCAAACUUUGA